AUGCCGCUCUGUCUCACUUUCACCGACUUGAAGAAGGCCUUCGACUCAGUUGAGGUGGAAGCGGUCAUGGAAGCCUUGGACAACCAAAGCUUUCCUAAUCAGUGCAUGAAGCUGAGUCUGCAAAAGACCAUGUUCAUGCGUAACGAAUUGGUCUCGGAUGCCCAUACACACUCAGCGGAACGAACAUAUCCGAAAGCACCAGAUACGUUUAUCUGGGUCGGGAAAUUACAUGAUGAACGACCUGACUCCCGUGGUUACGAGCGGCUUGGGGAGCGUAUAGGAGCAUCGAGGAUGUAG